UUCUAAUCAAGUCUGCUCUGAGCUUGAACGAUAAGAUACUGAUCAUGAAUAGGAGCUUUGACGUGUCAGUACCGCAUUUCAAAGAACAGCGCUCAUACAUUUUUAAUUUAACCACACCCUUUGAGCUAUGACGCCUCCCAAUUGGAUCCUUUCUCUCCAGUGUUAACGGAAGUGAACAUUAACAAGAACAAUUUUGUAUGUUAGUGUUUUUGUUGUUAUUAAGACGUUUAUUAACACCCUGGAACUCAACAUAUGACUAAUUGAUCAGCAAAGAAUCACAUAUUUAAUUACCGUUGGAGACGGGAUUUGGUUGAUAGGUGUUAUCUAGGUAAUGCAAGCUAGCUGCUAACAAAGGCUAAAUUGAUGUUUUUUCACACUCAAAUAGCCUCUAUUAUGGAGGUGCUAGCGAAUGCAGCCGUGGCAGAGAUCUGUAAACUCGUAGACGACGACUAUGCAGUGUUUCGUUUGGAAAUAACUCAAAGCCAGAAAGAAAACAGGGCAUUGCGGAGCAAACUACAGCUACUGGAACUUAAGGUGGCACGGGAACGCGGAGAAAGGACAGCGCAAGAGCGCGUCCCUGCUAUUAGUCCUUGUAGUGUCAAGAUCCUCGACCAGUACAGAGGAAUGGCAAGAGGUGAAGGAUAUCUCACUGGAGGCCACAGGAGCUUUGUGAAGCCAGCGGGGGACAACGCGUGGAGAGAUGACCAACCCAUAGCUAUAGAUGAGGGGAGUGGAACCUCAACCCAGCAUGUUAUCGUGAAAGAGUCUGCAGAUGCAGAGGCUGCAAGUCCUGGGGUCAAGCUGGAGAGGUCUGAAGGAGAGGAGGACCCACGGUACAGCAGAGACAUCCAGACUGGAGUGGCUGGAGCGCCCCCCGUAGCAACAGAGGACCCCACCAUUGCACCAGCGCCGCCCAGGACCCAAAGCAGCAUUACGGAGGUCAGUGGAAUGCUGAACGACGUCCUCAAGUCAGAGACAGACAAUAAGACUUUAACGGUGCUGGAGCGACAGAGCUGUCCUCCUGCUCGCCACUCAGAGUAUUUACUUUAUGGGAGACCGAGGACGGUUCUGUCCCAUCAGGACUCAAGUGACACAUUACAGAAUGGCAAUGAUCCAUCCUAUUCAUACGCUACAGAGACAGAGAUGAUACCUGGUGACAUGCCUGUGGGCUUAGAUACACAGACUAAUCCAAUGAGAGGGGACUGGAACCAGUACAGUAGUAGUGUAUACUCUGAAGGGUGCCUAGAUAAGAAAGGGGAGGGUCUGGUUAUAGAUGAGGUGAAAGUGGAAUGCGACGCUCCUCUGACAUGGAAUGUAGAUGAGACUCACUUAGGAAAAGGACACUCGCAGGGCAGCACUAGUGACUUCAUAGACUACAGGGAAAGCUUAGAGACAAAUCUAAAUGUCGCAACCCACUCCCCUUUACACGCGCUCAGGGAUCGCGACCCAGAGUCCACGUUGAUGGCACCUUCCAAUUCACACGGCUGCGUCCUUUUUGAUCAGGUAUUGAAUUCAAAGGACCAAAGGGCCAAGACUCGGGGAGGGGGAGCAACAUCAGGCAAUAGUAAAGAGAAACAGUUCCUCUGCAUGUUCUGUAACAAAGGCUUCAGCUGCCCCCAGAAGGUGGAGAUCCACCAGAGGGUCCACACAAGGGAGAAAUUAUUCAGCUGUACCCAGUGUCACAUGCGCUUCACCCAGGCUGGCACCCUGAAGAGACACCAGAGGGUCCACACAGGGGAGAAACCCUUCAGGUGUACCCAGUGUCACAUGCGCUUCACACAGUCUGGCAACCUGAAGAUCCACCAGAGGGUCCACAUAGGGGUGAAACCCUUCAGCUGUACCCAGUGUCACAUGUGCUUCUCCCAGGCUUGGAACCUGAAGAGCCACCAGAGGGUCCAUACAGGGGAGAAACCCUUCAGCUGUACCCAGUGUCACAUGCGCUUCUCCCACACGUCCAGCUUGAAGAGGCACCAGAGGGUCCACACAGGGAAGAAACGAUACAGCUGCCCCUAGUUUGGGUGGGGGGUGGGGUUGGUUGCAGGGACUCUUCUGUUUUUACAUCAGUGGGAAGCUGGUUCCAUCAUUGGGGUGCCAGGACAGAGAAGAGCUUUGUCUGGGCUGAGCGGGAGCUGAUCCCACAUCGGGGUGGGACGGCCAAGAGACCAGAGAUGGUAGAACAGAAUGCUCGGGUUGGGGUGUAGGGUUUGAGCAUAGGCUGAAGGUAGGGUGGGGCAGUUCCCCUUUCUGCUCUGUAGGCAAGCACCAUGGUCUUUGAGUGGAUGCGAGCUUCGACUAGAAGCCAGUGGAGUGUGCCGAGGAGCG